ACUGAAAAGCUACACACUUGCUUUUAGCCAGAAGACGACAAGAUUGAAAAAUCAUCCUUAUGUGCGUAUCGCAAUCAUCUUCCGCAAGCUGUCAAGAUGGGCGAGCCUGGUGGAGUCUUCGUGGGCUCAGAUGCGCCUGUUGGCCAAGUUCAGCUAUCGGCAACAGAAAAACAUGAGGAGGAAGUUCAAGUAACUCAACCAGAGACAUUCAAACACUCAUGGCGAGUGUGGUGUGUCUUCCUUGUUCUUUGUCUGCUGUCCUUCAUUUCUGCCGUCGAUGCCACUAUCGUCACCACUUCUCUACCAACCAUCACGCGCGACAUUGGCGGUAGCAAGGAGUACGUAUGGGUCGUCAACUCAUUUCUCUUUACUUCAACGGUACCACAGCCCUUAUUUGGGCAGAUCUCUGACAUAUUUGGUCGGAGAAACCCCAUGAUCCUCGCCAUAGCUCUCUUCGCCAUAGGAAGCGGGCUCGCUGGCGGUGCCCAGAGUCCUGGGAUGCUCAUUGCUGCUCGAACCAUCCAAGGUCUUGGAUCAGGAGGACUGUAUGUGCUCUCUGAUAUUAUUGUCUGCGAUAUGGUGCCUCCCAGGCAUCGUGGCCCUUAUCUAAGUGCUAUCCUUUCGACCGCCGCCAUUGGGACCACGAUUGGGCCCAUUAUUGGCGGCGCCUUGGCGCUGAAGAAUUGGAGGUGGAUAUUUUGGCUUAAUCUUCCAGCAGCGGUGCUCGGGUUUCUCGCCAUUGUCCUCAUUCUCAAUGUUAAAUACAAGCGCAGCCCAACCUGGCGCCAUGCUCUUGCUCGGGUUGAUUUCCUCGGGAACGCCAUCUUUGUCCCGUCCAUGGUUAGUAUAUUUUUUGGACUGAUCAUGGGCGGUACGCGUGGGUAUCCGUGGAAAUCUUGGAGGAUUAUAUUGCCUCUUGUUCUUGGGGUCAUUGGCUGGGUUGGUUUUCAUAUACACCAAGCCUCGCCCAUUUGUAGAGAACCAAGCAUGCCCCCUCGGCUAUUCAAGCACAGAACGUCAUCUGGGGGAUUCAUCAUCAUUUUUCUCGGAGCAGUUAUACUUCAAGCUAUCAACUAUUUCUUGCCUGUCUAUUUUCAGGGAGUUAAAGGAGUAACGCCCUUGAUGUCAGGUGUUUAUUUCUUGGCUUUUGCUCUUGCUAUUAUGCCGUUUGGUGCAAUGGCUGGACUCUUUAUGUCCAAGACUGGUCUAUACAUACCUCUGCAUUGCCUGGGAUUUGCUCUUAGCGCCAUCGGUAUUGGCUUAUUCUCGACAUUGGACGAAAAUUCCUCUCGGGCAGCGUGUAUUGGUUACCAAGUAAUUGCUUCAGGAGGUACUGGUAUCAUCUUCACAGCCACAUUGCCUUCUACACUAGCGGCACUUCCUGAGUCAGAUGUGGCCGUUGCGACCGGUACCUAUUCCUUUGUGCGGUCAUUCGGGCUUGUCUGGGGUGCUACUAUGGCUUCCAUCGCUUUCAAUGGCCAAAUGAAUUCUCACAUCACUUCUAUCAGCGAUCAAACAAUACGCAAUUUACUUAUAGACGGAGGUGCAUAUGCAUAUGCUUCUGUACAGCAUGGUGGCAUAUCUGAAUUACCAGAACCUAUCCAAGGCCAGGUGAUUGACAUUUAUGUAAAAGCUCUCAGAGUAGUCUGGUGGAUUGUCACAUCUGUUUCUGGUUUGGGGUUUCUUUGUACCUUCAUUGAAAAACACGUUGAGCUUCGUAAGAGCCAUUCUACGGAAUAUGGACUCGCGGACAAGGAAUCUACGGUAACCAGUCUAGAAAAAGAUAGUUUACUGAGCUAUUUAUCACUAUAUCUUAACAAAGUUGUCUCUUUUCCCCCACCGUUUCCGAAGAAUACUAUUCCUGCCGAUGAUACUUAACUAUCUCUAAGCCACUGCUUCAUAAGUCAAUUUCACACUAAUAUCAUCACUUGUUCACCUUCCCAGCCAAAAAUGUUAGAGGAUUUGCUAUUUUAGUCUUGAAAUUUACAAA